AUGAAGACUGUCAUAUUCCUAGCCGCGAUUGCAUACGUGACUGCAGCUGAGUCUGAUUACUAUGACUUGGUAAAACUGGACAUGCCCAAGUUGAGUAAAGAUCCUAAAGAAUUGAAGGUAUUCGUGGACUGUGUACUGGAUAAAGGACCUUGCUCGCCUUUGUAUAAGACUUAUAGAGACAUCGCUCAAGAUACUGUUGAUAACCGCUGCAAAAAAUGCAGCGAUUAUCAGAGGCAUUGUUAUUGGCAGUUCCUGCAGGGUCUUAAGGCUUUCUAUCCCGAAGACUACAUCGGCUUUAGAGCAAAGUACGAUCCCGAGAAUAAAUAUUUCGACGAUCUCGAAUCUCUAUUGAAAAAUUAUGCAAAUGAAUGA